AUAACGUUUCGAUACAUUAAAGCGCAACAGUGUAAUAUUAAAAUGAGGAUACAUAUGGGAUGAAAGCAUUAAUGACUUUACUCGCUUUUUCUGACCAGCCAGGAAACUAUAUUGUUUCUUGUUUUUAAUCUCUGGUUUGAAAAAUAAACUACAUUACCCAGAAGUCUUUGCCGGUGAACUGUCACCCAAAAUGUCAGCACUCUGAGAACUCAUGCACCGGGGUUAUUAUAGUACAAUUUACUGCACAACAUAGUUGUGUUCUUAUCGUCGUGACAGUCUAUAACGGUCCGUCAAUGUGGCAAUGGCCUACAUUUUUAAAAAUGACAAUACAGAAGUAUCGCUAACUAGCUAGCUAGCUAACGGCAGCUGACAGCUAGGACUACUUAUCCUUCAUGCUGGUAGGUAACUGACCUAGGUAACUGGUAGCUUAACGUGAACAUGUCGUUUUAUUUAGUGAAACGGUGGUUUAAAACACCCCUAAUGAGACAAGUAUUACAGUUCAAAGUGUGCAGAAGGAAAAUACAAAGCUAUAACAUGACCUACACACUGUUGAGGCACAGCUGGAUGAAAAGCCUUCCCGUGUUCUCCAGCAGUUUCAAGAUGCUCAGCACCAAAACAGACAAGGAUACUAUUGACAUGUCUAAGUUCCCUGUGGACAGAAUCAGGAAUUUUUGCAUCAUUGCUCAUAUUGAUCAUGGAAAAAGCACUUUGGCGGACAGGCUAUUGGAGAUGACAGGUGCCAUAGCAAAGACUGUCAAAAACAAGCAGGUGUUGGACAAGCUUCAGGUGGAGCGGGAGAGAGGAAUAACAGUGAAGGCCCAGACAGCCUCGUUGAUCUACAGCCACCAGGGACAGCAGUACCUGCUGAACCUCAUUGACACGCCGGGUCAUGUUGACUUCAGCUACGAAGUGUCUCGAUCGAUUUCUGCUUGCCAAGGUGUCCUGUUGAUUGUCGAUGCCAAUCAGGGGAUCCAGGCGCAGACGGUGGCCAACUUCUACCUGGCUUUUGAAGCUCAGAUGGCCAUCAUCCCUGUCAUCAAUAAGAUAGAUUUAAAAAAUGCUGAUCCAGAGCGAGUGGAGAAACAGAUUGAAAAGGUGUUUGAUCUUUCAUGUGAAGAAUGCAUAAGGGUUUCUGCUAAACUCGGAACAAACGUGGAAAUGGUUCUCCAAGCUAUUGUGGACAGAAUUCCCCCGCCUGUGGCAAGUAUUGAUGACCCUUUUAAAGCCCUCGUGUUUGACUCCAAUUUCGACCACUAUAGAGGAGUGGUGGCCAACAUCGCCGUGUUUGGAGGUCAGGUCAAGAAAGGAAACAAGAUCGUGUUAGCGCAUCUCGGCAAAACCUUCGAGGUCAACGAGCUCGGGCUUCUCCGGCCUCAUGAGCACCCGACACAGAAACUGUGUGCAGGCCAAGUGGGCUACAUAGUAGCAGGGAUGAAGGAUGUGAAGGAGGCCCAGAUUGGUGACACACUCUACCUCCAGGAUCAGCCAGUGGAAACUCUUCCAGGGUUUAAACCCGCCAAAGCCAUGGUCUUUGCUGGCAUGUAUCCGAUGGACCAGACAGAGUACCCGGCCCUUCGCAACGCCAUUGAGAGACUGACCCUGAAUGACUCAAGUGUCACAGUGCAGAGAGACAGCAGUGUGGCCCUGGGAGCAGGCUGGAGACUUGGCUUCCUGGGUCUUCUCCAUAUGGAGGUGUUCAAUCAGAGGCUGGAGCAGGAACACAAUGCGUCCGUUAUAGUAACAGCGCCCACCGUGCCCUACAAGGCUGUCUUGUCUUCACCUAAACUCAUCAAGGAACACGGCAGUGAAGUGAUAACCAUCGUGAACCCUGCUCAGUUCCCAGAAAAAUCCGUUGUGUCGGAGUAUUUGGAGCCCAUGGUGCUGGGGACCAUCAUCACUCCAGAUACUUACACCGGCAAGAUUAUGACUCUCUCCUUGAAACGCAGAGGGAUCCAAAAAAACAUGGUGUACAUCGACGAGCAGCGCGUCAUGAUGAAGUACCUCUUCCCUUUGAAUGAAAUCGUUGUGGAUUUCUACGAUAACCUCAAAUCGCUGUCUUCUGGAUAUGCCAGCUUUGACUAUGAGAACGCAGACUAUCAGGCUGCUGAUUUGAUAAAGAUGAAUUUUCUGAUUAACGGGGAGCCUGUGGAAGAACUCAUCACCAUUGUGCACAGAGACCAUGCGUACAACACAGGGAAAGCCAUGUGUGAGCGACUCAAAGAAUCCAUACCAAGGCAGAUGUUUGAGGUGGCUGUACAGGCGGCUAUUGGAAGUAAGAUCAUCGCGAGGGAAACGAUUAAGGCGUACAAAAAAAAUGUUCUCGCUAAAUGUUACGGAGGUGACAUAACACGGAAGAUGAAGCUGCUGAGGAGACAGGCAGAGGGUAAAAAGAAGUUGCGGCGCAUCGGCUGUGUGGAAGUUCCCAAAGACGCCUUCAUUAAUGUCCUGAAGAGGAAAGACUAAUAUACUGUUGGUUCACUAUUGUAUAGUGAUGUCAUUAUUAUAUUAAUCUGGUAUUUAUUGUUGAAAGGCCCUGCUAGAUUUUCUAUGAAUAAAGUGGCCAUUGGAUCUGCA